AGAAUAAGUCCCUUAAUGUUAGGUGAUUAAUUUAUGCUACACCAGAUCAUAUGGCAUACAGUGACUGCAGAUGAUCUAAUUCUCAAAGGCAGUUUUUCAGAAGGAGCAGAAAAGGCAAGUCAGGGUUAGCAAAGUCCAGGCAGAGACCUGGACUAUACUGAACUAUACUGUUUAAAUUAAAAAUACUGAAUUAUUUAAAAAAUGAAUGUUUUAGCAAAUGAGCACAGUUUUAUAUGGUGAGAAUGAAGUUAGUAGUUUGUGAUUGUUUGGCUAGCCAUGGAGAACCUUCUAUUCCAAAUGAGGAGUUUAUCUAGUCAUGAUGAAAUAUUUUGGGGAAGAGGGGUAAAGUAGAAAAAAAUUAACAAUAGGUUUAAAAAAUCUUUCAUAUAACAUAUUUUCUUCUUCAUUCUUGGAGGGCAAAGCACCCAUCACCGCCUGUUACACUGAUUUAGAUAAGCCCUAGAUGUCUAAUUCCCAAGCAUAAAACAUUCUGAUGUCUCAUGGUAUCUUGCCACCAAAAUGUGGUCGAGAGACUAGUAGUAUCUUAUCACUUGGGAGCUAGUUAAAAAUGUAGGACCCGUACAUUCAGCAAGUAGCUGGUCUGUAUGCUCUGAGUGAGGGUCUGAGUCACCUGCCAUUUUGCUGGAGGAGCCCCUUGGGCCGUAGUAAACAUUUACAAUGUCUUCCAUCUUUGAGUGGAUCUACCGAGGCUUCAGCAGUGUGCCCCAGUUCCUAGGACUUGACAAGAAAUCUGGAAAACUUGUGUUCUUAGGUUUAAACAGUACAGGAAAAACAAUUCUUCUUCACAUGAUCAAAGAUGACAGAUUGGGCCAACAUAUUCCAACACUACAUCCGACAUCAGAAAAGCUAACAAUUGCUGGAAUGACUUUUACAACUUUUCACCUUGGUCGGCACGAGCAAGCAUGCCGGGUUUGGAAAAAUUGUCUCCCAGCAACAAAUGGGAUUGUCUUUCUGGUGGACUGUGCAGAUCAUUCUUACCUUAUGGAAUCCAAGGUUGAGCUUAAUGCUUUAAUGACUGAUGAAACAAUAUCCAAUGUGCCAAUCCUUAUCUUGGCUAACAAAAUUGACAGAACAGAUACAAUCAAUGCAGAAAAACUCCGUGAGAUAUUUGAGCUUUAUGGACAGACCACAGGAAAGGGGAAUGUGACCCUGAAAGAGCUGAAUGUUCGCCCUAUGGAAGUGUUCAUGUGCAGUGCACUCAAGAGGCAAGUCUACAGGGAGGGUUUCUGAAGUUUUGACAGUGAAAAUAAGAGUAUUACUUCUCUGGACUGAUCAUAUUCACAGCUUCCUCAUGAACUUUUCUAAUAGAACAAGGAAAGCUCUCCAACCAUAUCUGGCAUUGUGAAGCCUAGAGUCUCUGUCAACUUUCUCAUCACCCAGUGGUGACAUGUGCUCUUCUCCACACCGUUGGGAGAUAAUGCUGUCCUAUGUGCAGUAUUCUGGUCAGUAUCCUGGGACUUGGAAGUGGGCAGGAUUUGCCGGGUAAAGCUAUGUACCAUUGUGGGGCACCUGAAAAGAAAACACGUCUCACCACUGUAAUUGAUUUCAAAAGAAAGCAAUUCUAUUUUUUAAAGAAAGUGUUGUUAAUGUAAUUGGUAUCCCUCCUCACGUUUUUAGUUCACAGUUUACUUGGUCUAGAGUUCUCUAUUCUUUUUUAUUAACUAAUGAAUGAUACUUAGAUACUUCAUAAAAUUAAGCGCAGAUACACAUUGGAGACCAGAGCUCAUCUGGGUGAACUUACUCCUGCUGAGUUAGCAGGUUGGUGAGAGAAACUCCCACGAGCACACCUGUCUCUCUAGCUGCUUUGGAGUAGGUGGCAUUAUCUCGCCCACACGGAACUAGAGAAGGGACAGAACUCUGGCCUUGCAGUUGUGGCAGGUUUCACUGUGGUAAGCUAGGGUCACUCCUCAUCGGGGAAUGUGUAGCAGAUUGUUCACUGUGGAGGAGUUAAUUAUAGACUGGGUUAUUCUUACUUAUAAAGUUACAGAUUUCAGCCAGUCUCUGCUUUUGUACUUUUGUGAAAUUUUAUUUCUCUCUAUGGCGCCUUUUUCAUUUUUGGUUAUAAAAAGUGACUUUCACUUUUUAAAAGAGUUGAGAACAUCUCUCAUGUCACAUACUGCAGGUGUGUCAGUUACUUUUAUGUAGAUUCUAGAGGGAAAUUUUUCUAAAUAGGGAGACAGGACAAAAUUAACAGUUUAAGGGCUCUUAAUUCUGUGAGUUGAGAACUGAAAAGUAUUGUGGUACUUGUUUGGAUCCAGAAAUUUUACUCAGUGAGCUUUAAAAUCUCCAUUUGUGAAUUUGGACUUUAUUGGGCUGUUCAUGAACUCUUUUUCUUUCAUCUUGCCUCCUUAGAUAUCUGUGUUGUUGGUAUUAAAGUAUCGGUUAACAUCUUUUCCAGGUUUGUUUGUUUUUUUGUUUUGGUAUGGAAUUGCCUUUCUCUGUUGCAGAAAUAAGCUGGGGGAAAUACUAACCCAAAAACUUUCUGUAGAGCUGUUCCUUGAGAGACAGCAUCACUUAUUGGCAGUAAAGACUCUCUGCAUAAAAGCACCAGCAUCCUUACCAGGGUGAUGAGGUUUAAUUUUAUAGCAUUCUAUUUUCCUUGUACCACACGUAAAAUUGAAUUUUGGUGAUCUUAACCUAUAUUCUACCCUUGUAGUAAAAGAUCAAACCAUAGAUCUCCCAGGAAAAGAUAACACAGGAGAUGAAAAGUUGGGAGGAUAUCUGUAUUCUAAUGUGAGGGUAGGGAAAGUGUGGAUAAUGCAUUUCCAGGGUAACAGAGUAUCCUUCUUUAGUUGCAGUUUUCAUUCUCAGUCUUCAGUACUGACUUGCUGGGAAAGCAUGCUUUUUCACUGCCGGGUACCGAAUGCAGAGACUCAAUGAAAUAUAUGCCUGGGAUGUCCGUGCAUUUCACUUAUUAGUAUGCAUGGCUGGAUUGAGACAAUUGUUGAUUUGGAAAGGGGUUAAAAUCUUAAACGAAAAAAAUCUAUCUAAUAGUGAAUGAAGUAUGUAAUUAACUUGGAUAUUUUUAAUUUCCUGUGACUAAAGGUUCCCCAUACUUCUCUAUUCAGAAACAUGAGAAGUAUGAUUGCUUCAGUGUUAGUUUUCCUCCUUUUUUUCCCCUAUUUGUCUCUAGUCACUUUGUUGCAAGCUAGAAAACUGGAGGUUCUCCAUAGGAAAGCUCUUUGUGAAAGUGUUUUAUCCCACUGGAGAAAGGGGAUUGAAAAUCAGUUAGGACCAGUGUAUUUCUUGCCCCACAGAACACUAUUCCUAUAAUAAAAUAGCUGAAAGAAGCUGCUGUGUGGAGCUUUGGCACCUUGUACAGGAAUUCCAGUGAAUUCAGACUUUUCAUUCUGUUUUAUCAGGGUACAUAUAUGUCCUAUUUCAGGAAAAGUAAAAUCGUCAUUUGCAAAAGAAUGUCAAUCUGUAUCCUAAGCAUUUAUGUAAAAAGUUAAAACAAAGCAAAAGUGUAGAGCCUUAGAUAGCACCUACAUCUACUGAACCAGAGCCUCAUUUUACCAGAUCCCCUGGUACACCGGUAUGGGAGAAGCACGGACAUGGCUUCUGAGAGUGGGGAUGGUAUGAAAGUGAGAAGGCGAAACGGAUCAUCUUAUUUCAAGACACUGUGGCGAUUAUGUGGUUUAAGUAUCUUUAUUACUUUAUUACUUUUAGGUUUGGCUUACUUGGCUUACUUUUCAGGCUCAGCCUUCUUCACUGUGAAUUGCACAUCUAAAGCUUUCCAUGUACUUAUUUCUAACAGUGACUUUACCCAGUGCCUGAAUUUUCACUGUUAGAAGCAUUUUUUUUUUUUUUGCAUUAAAUGUGGGCAGAGGUUAAAAUAGUCAUGUAUUCCCUAAAAUAGAUAAUGCAUUAUGCUGUUUUCACAUGAGGCAAGACUUAUUCAGUCCGUGUGUGUGUGUGUGUGUGUGUGUGUGUGUGUGUUGAAAUAAUCAUGAAGCAGAGACUAAAGAAAUUUGAAUCAAAAGUUUGCAUCUGGAGAAGGGACAAAUCUGAGAUACGAAGCAUGGCUGUGAGGACCGUGGGCAGCAGAGGGCAAGGAACAGCCUGGAAAAUGGAGCUGUGAGGGAUCAACACAGGAAAGGUGGGAGACACAUCUCAGAAACAGCUGACUUGGGGUCAGCUCUAACACUGUCUACUUAGUGUAUAUAAAUUGUUAAAUAACACAUUUGAUUCCCUCCUCAACUCUUUCCUGAGACAAAUAUCACUCAGAAUCUUCCUGUCUGAAUUCCAGAAGAGUUAAACACAGCAUCACCUUUCAGAAAAUUCUUUCAUCUAAAUGGAGUAUCUAAAAUGUCUUCUAUUUAACUUUUUGGUUCUCACCAGAGUAAUACUUUAAGAUUACUAUAUAAAUAAACAAGCUGAAAACUAGAUGUGCCAGUGACAGCUUUAAUAAUCCAAUCCUUUUUAAAUUGUGUAAUGAACUUUUUUUUUUAAUUUUUUUUCCUUUUUUUAAGACAAGGUCUUACU